AUGGAUAUAGGAGAAGCGGAAGAUGAAAUACAGUUUCUGCGAACUAGGGAUGAGCUGGUAUUGAGGUGUUGCUCAUCAGGCCCUCAUCAGCAGAAACUGUGUUUAGCUGCAGAAGGUUUCGGUGACCGGCUGUGUUAUCUUGAGUCCACCUCCAACUCAAAGAAUGUUCCCGCAGACCUUUCUGUGUGUGUGUUUGUGCUUGACCAGUGUCUGUCUGUCCGAGCGCUGCAGGAGAUGCUGGCCAACCAUGAAGAUCAGUAUGCAGGGGUGGGUAAUGUAGUCAAAUCACGUGAGGCAGCUGGGCGUCGUACUCUGCUCUAUGGCCAGGCGGUUCUCUUUCGACAUGUCUACAGCGACAUGUAUCUCUGCUGUCUGUCCACAUCAGGCCUCUCCUCUGACAAGCUGGCUUUUGAUGUUGGUUUGCAGGAGGACACAAAGGGUGAGGUGUGUUGGUGGACGGUUCACCCUGCCUCUAAACAGAGGUCAGAGGGUGAGAAAGUCAGAGUGGGUGAUGAUCUAAUCUUAGUUAGUGUUUCCUCUGAGAGAUACCUACAUGUGUCGUGGAGUAAUGGUGAAUGUAAUGACAAUGGCAUUGGCCGGGUGGAUGCUGCUUUCCAGCAGACAUUGUGGAGUGUGGCUCUUGUUUCUACUCAGACUGCAGAGACGCAGGGUCAUGUGAGAGGAGGGGAUACUGUGCGUCUGCUACAUGGACACACAGAUGAAUGUUUGACCAUUCCUGCAGCAGAACACAGACGAGAGGAACGCAGAUCUGUACAUUUUGAGGGGGGCUCGGUAUCCCUUCAGGCUCGAUCUUUAUGGAGGCUUGAAACGUUACAUGUUGCGUGGAGUGGCAGCCACACACACUGGGGUCAGCCUUUCCGUCUUCGCCACCUUUCCACCGGCUUAUACCUGGGACUGACUCAGGAUCGGGGACUACAGCUGGUGGAGAGAGAAAGAGCUGAUAUUAAAUGCACUGCGUUCUGUCUCCGUGCAUCAAAGGAAGAGAGCCAGGAGAGCUCACACUUUAAGAGGAGAGAUUGCAUGGGUGCACCUGAGAUCAAAUAUGGAGACUCUCUCUGCUUCAUUCAGCACGUUGACACAGGGCUUUGGCUCACAUAUCAGACCACUGACUCCAAGAGACAGAAGGAAAGUGUGCCACAGAGACAGGCUGUUUUGCAAGCAGAAGGUCACAUGGAUGAUGGAAUCACCCUCUCUCGCUCUCAGAGGGAGGAGUCACAAGCUGCUUGUUUAAUUCGAAGCUCUGCCCUUCUCUUCUCAAAAUUCAUUAGGGGAUUAGAUGAUGUCAGCCAAAAGGAAAACAUCACGGAUUUGGAUCUUCCAAUUGAGAUGGUCCAUCUGACGCUCCAGGAUUUGCUUGGUUAUUUUCAAUAUCCUGAAAUGGGGCAGGAUCAUGAGGUCAGACAGGGAGAUAUUAGAGCACUGAAGAACAGACAAAAUCUUUUCCAAGAUGAGGGUUUAAUCACUCUGGUGCUGGACUGCAUCGAUCACUUGCAUGUGUACAACAGUGCCACUCAUUUUGCAGAGGCUGCUGGGAAAGAGGCAGGAGAGUCUUGGGAAAUUAUCUUGAACUCUUUUUAUGAGCUGCUAGCUGCCCUUAUGAGGGGUAAUCGGAAUAACUGUGCCCACUUUUCUAGUUCCUUGGACUGGCUUGUCAGCAGACUGGAGAGGCUGGAGGCUUCCUCUGGAAUAUUGGAAGUGUUACACUGUGUUUUAGUAGAAAGUCCUGAAGCUUUGAACGUUAUUAAGGAAAGUCACAUAAAAUCUAUAAUCUCACUUCUGGACAUACAUGGAAGGAACCAUAAGAUCUUGGAUGUGUUGUGUUCACUCUGUGUGUGUCAUGGCAUGGCCGUCCGCUCUAAUCAGCAUUUGAUUUGUGACACACUGCUGCCAGAAAGAGACCUUCUGCUACAAACAAGACUGGUUAACCAAGUUUUCAGUGUGCGUCCAAACAUCUUCCUGUGUGCAAGAGAUGACUGUGCCCAAUACAAGAAGUGGUAUUAUGAGGUUGUAGUUGAGAAGUCAGAGCCUUUUGUGACAGCAGAGCCUACUCAUCUGCGAGUGGGUUGGGCCAGCACUGAAGGGUACCGUCCCUCCACCACAGGGGGUCACGGCUGGGGGUCAAACGGUGUAGGAGAUGACCUCUGCUCUUACGGCUUUGAUGGACUCCAGCUCUGGACAGGAGGUGUAGCUCGGAGGGUCACCUCCCCCAAUCAGCACUUGCUAAGGGAGGAUGAUGUCAUUAGUUGCUGUCUUGACCUUAGUGCAACCUGCAUCUCUUUCCGGGUCAAUGGACAGCCAGUUCAAGGCAUGCUGGAGGACUUCAGUGUGGAUGGGCUGCUGUUUCCAGUCGUCAGCUUCUCAGCUGGAGUGCAUGUGCGUGUGCUGUUUGGAGGUCGACAGGGGGAGUUUAGGUUUCUUCCUCCAGCUGGUUUCUCUCCAUGUUCUGAAGCUCUCCUCCCAAAAACCCACUGCAAGCUGGAACUGUUUCACAAACUCACACGAAAUCACACCGAAAGCCAACGUGACCUCUUAGGCCCUGUGGUACCUAUAAGCCCAGUGACCUUUAUCCCCAUUCCAGUGGAUUCCAGUGAGGUUGAAUAUCCUCCACAGCUGGAGCAGAUCAGAGAAAGAUUAGCAGAAAACCUCCAUGAACUCUGGCUUAUUGACAAAAUAGAGCAGGGGUGGACCUACGGACCUGUUAAAGAUGAGAGCAGAAAAAUACACCCAUGUCUAGUUGAAUUUUCCAAACUUCCAGAUCAGGAGCGAAUUCAUAACCUCCAGUCAUCUGAGGAUAUCCUCAGGACUCUUUUGGCUUUUGGUGUCCAUAUUGGACUCUCUGAUGAACAUGCUGAGGAGAAUGUGAAAUAUGUUCUACCUGACCACACUCAGCCUGUGGAAGUGACCCGUCUGGAGGAGAGAUAUGGCUGGAGAGCUCGCUGCACUCAGAUCCGUCAGAUCAUGACCCUGCAUAUACCUGAGGAGAACAGGUCAGAGAAUAUGAUGCCACUAUCAGCGGGAGUUUUUCGGAGUGAAAGAAGAAAUGCAAAACCUCAGUGCCCUCCUAGAUUGUGUGUUCAACACCUAACGCUUAUGCGGUGGACCCGAGUACCUGACCACACUCAGCCUGUGGAAGUGACCCGUCUGGAGGAGAGAUAUGGCUGGAGAGCUCGCUGCACUCAGAUCCGUCAGAUCAUGACCCUGCAUAUACCUGAGGAGAACAGGUGUGUUGACAUUCUGGAACUGUCCGAACUGCGUGAUCUCCUAAAGUUCCAUGACCACACCCUUCACCUCUACUCAGCCCUUUCAGCUCAUGGAAACACACAUGUAAGCCACGCCCUCUGCAGUCAUGUCGACCAAUCACAACUUUUGUUCGCCUUGCAGUGCUCGAGAAUGCCAGGUCACCUGCGGACAAGUUACUACAACUUCCUCAUCAACACCCACCUCGGUGCCCACGCCAGUGCCAGGCAGGCCAUGACCCACGAAUACAUUGUGCCUAUGAUGGAUGCCACGCAGUCUACUACGCUCUACAAAAACAAUAGGAAGGUGCAGAGAUUCCCAGGAAGUGACUUCAGCACUUCCUUAUGGCCCAGAAUGCGUUUUACGUCACCUUGCUUCAUCAGAGCUAAUAAAAUAGACGUGAUGGAUAGAGAUGAGGGUGGGGCUUUGUGGAGUAACUUGCGCCAAAACAGCCCAGAGAUCCCAUUGGAUGUAUUAAAGGAUGUUGUCAUAACAAUGCUGAAGGAGGCAGUGGCAGCAGUAGGGCAGGGUGUGAGGGAUCCUGCAGGGGGAAGCAUAGAGCUCCUUAUGGUUCCUCUGCUUAGUUUACUCCACACUCUCCUGCUGAUGGGUGUGUACCAGGGGACAGAUCUGGAGGCCGUGUUUAGUCUCAUCCUGCCAGCCAGUUACAUGAGAGGAACAUGUAAAACAGAAGAGAUGGAUGAACUGGAAGAAAGUGAUGGAGAAAGAGAGGAAAAGGAGGGUAGAGAUUGGGAGGAUAAUGUCCCUCAGCAAAAUCUUCUUCAGAUGAAGCUUCCAGAAGCUGUCAAAUUACAGGUGUGCCACCUUUUGAAGUACCUGUGUGACUGCCAGGUACGUCAUAGAGUAGAAGCCGUGAUGUCGUUCUCAGGUGACUUCAUAGGUCGUCUUCAAGACAACCAGCGCUUUCGAUACAAUGAAGUUAUGGAUGCUCUCAACAUGUCUGCUGCUCUCACGGCACGCAAAACUAAAGAGUUCCGUUCCCCGCCUCAGGAACAGAUAAACAUGAUGUUGAGCUUCCGGGAAGAGUGUCAAGAAUGUCCUUGUCCAGAGGACGUCCAAGAUUUGAUGUGGGAAUUCCAUCAGGAUCUAAUGAGCCACUGUGGAAUUGAGAUAGACAGUGAUUCAGAGAAUGAGGAUGAGGACAACCAGUCAGUCAGGAAUCACCUCCAAAGCCUAGUGGAUAAAAUAAUUCAUUUAAAGAGGAGAAUGUCUGGUCUGCCUGAAGAGAUUACCUCUCUCUUUCUAGUCUCACUACAGCAGCUGAUAUCAGAGACCAUGCUGCACUGGGCCCAGGAGGGGACGAUAGAAGACCCAGCUCUGGUGCGUGCUGUUUUCAGCCUGCUGCAUCAACAGUAUGCUGGGCUGGGAGGCCAGAUGUCUGCACCACUACAGAAGGCUUACUGUAUCAGCCAGACAUCUGUGGAAGACACUCUUAAUCUACAGUGGGCUCUAGCACGCAUUCGUUCAUUGCUCACAGCCAGGAUGGGCAAAGAAGAGGAGGAACUCAUGAUCAGAGGACUAGGUGACAUUAUGAACAAUAAAGUUUUCUAUCAGCAUCCUAAUCUAAUGAGAGCUCUGGGGAUGCAUGAGACCGUCAUGGAAGUUAUGGUGAAUGUCCUUGGUGCUAGAGAAUCUAAGGAAAUCAUGUUUCCUAAGAUGGUUGCGCACUGCUGUCGUUUCCUUUGUUAUUUCUGUCGAAUCAGUCGGCAUAAUCAGAGGGCCAUGUUUGAUCAUCUCAGCUACCUGCUGGACAACAGUAAUGUUGGACUUGCUUCUCCCUCAAUGAGAGGAUCAACUCCUCUGGAUGUGGCGGCUGCUUCUGUCAUGGACAACAAUGAACUGGCGCUUGCUCUUACAGAGGGAGAUCUGGAGAAAGUGGUGCAGUAUUUGGGAGGCUGUGGUUUGCGUAGUUGUGCUCUGCUGGUCUCCAAAGGAUACCCAGAUAUUGGUUGGAAUCCUGUAGAGGGAGAACGUUACCUGGACUUCCUGCGUUUUGCAGUAUUUUGCAAUGGUGAGAGUGUUGAGGAAAACGCCUAUGUGGUAGUGAGGCUUCUGAUUCGCCGACCUGAAUGCUUUGGCCCCGCCCUUCGAGGGGAGGGGGGAAAUGGUCUUUUAGCAACUAUUGAGGAAGCCAUCAGAAUUUCCCACCUGCAGGAUGGAAUCAGUGCAGCCAGUACACACAGUUCCAACCGGACGCUUGACACGCUUGAUGAUGAAGAUGAGGAUGUCAUUCACAUGGGACACGCCAUAAUGACCUUCUACUCUGCUCUCAUUGAUCUGUUGGGUCGUUGCGCCCCUGAGACGCAUCUCAUAGAAGCGGGGAAAGGUGAGGCCAUUCGGAUCAGGGCAAUCUUGAGGUCUCUCGUUCCCAGAGAGGAUCUGGAGGGAAUCAUCAAUAUUCCUUUUAGUUUACCACUUGUAAACACAGAUGAUCUAGUGGUGGAGCCUGACAUGUCUCGGAUAUUUUGUCCGGAUCACAAAGCAGCCAUGGUGCUGUUUUUGGACCGGGUUUAUGGAGUUCAGGACCAGCAGUUUUUGCUGCGUCUACUGGAGAAUGGUUUCCUGCUGGACCUGCAAGCGGCUGUUAACAUGGAUGCUACGGGGUUAGGUGGAACAGAUAUGGCACUAGCCCUUAAUCGAUACAUAUGUGUGGCUGUGCUGCCAUUGCUGAGUAAGUAUUCCUCUCUGCUGUGUGACUCCUCUUCACUGCGGACUGGGCUGGUGGAUGAGCUCAUGCAGGGUGUCUACAGCCUCUCUAAAGCCAGCGGACUGACCAAGGCCCAGAGAGAUGCUAUCCAGGACUGUCUGCUGGCAGUGUGCGGAAAACUGAAUCCCUCCAUGUUGCAGUCUCUGCUGCAGAAUCUUGUGUUUGACGUCCCUCAACUAUCAGAAAACUCCAAGAUGCCACUCAAGCUGUUGACCAAUCAUUAUGAGCAGAGCAGGAAGUACUACUGUCGGAAUGAUGGAUGGUGUGGCUUUGGCUCUGCCUCAGAGGAAGAACUUCGUCUGACCAGAAAGCUGUUUUGGGGGAUAUUCAGUGCUCUUGCCAAAAAAUCUUACGAUCCAGACCUAUUCAAACUGGCCCUGGGUUGUCUCAGUGCAGUUGCCGGGGCGAUUCCUCCUGACCACCUUGAGCCGAGCUGCACAGGAGGACAAGAGAGACACUCGACGAUGGAUUCAGAGGGACGGUUUUGUCCUCGACACCUGGACACCUCAAAUGUGACAAUCCCAGAGAUGCUUGAGUUUGUGGUGAACAAAUAUGCUGAACAUACACAUGAGAAAUGGUCCCUGGAAAAGUUUGGUAACGGUUGGGUUUAUGGAGAACAGUUUUCUGAGAGUGCUAAAGUUCAUCCACUCCUAAAACCUUACAGAGCUCUGUCUGAGAAGGAUAAAGAAGGUUAUCGAGGGGUCAUUAAAGAGACAGUGAAAUGCAUGCUGGUCUUGGGAUGGACUAUUGAGAGGACCAAUGAUGGGGAGUCACAAGGCUUUCACAACCCAGCUCUGAGGAUUUCACAGUCUGGCAAGCUGUCUUUUGAAGGAGCUUCCACAUUCAGUCCAAAGCCUGUGGAUACCAGCAGUGUCACUCUAACCUGGGAUCAGUAUGCCAUGGCAGAGCGGUUGGCUGAGAAUUAUCAUCACAUCUGGGCAGCCAGGAAACUGCAGGAACUGGAGAGUAAAGGAGGGGGCAGUCACCCUCUGCUUGUACCGUACGAUGCUCUGAGCGUUAAAGACAAGAGUCGAGUCAGAGACAAAGCUCAAGAUGUUCUCAAGUUCUUCCACAUCAAUGGGUACUCAGUGAGGAGGAACAGAAAGGUGGCAGAUGCUGAUUCCCCAGCGAUUGUGAGCCGCUUCGCUUACGGCCUGUUACAGCAAGCCCUCUGUCUCACUGAGCAAGCCCAGGAGCAGUUACUAGAGCUGGCUCGAGGGCAGAUUAACAGGGCUGAGAAAGUUCCCCAUGAACAACAAAUUAAUUUCUUUAUUAAGGUUGUAAUGCCACUAUUAGAUCAAUACUUCAAAAAUCACUAUCUCUACUUCCUCUCCACUACGUGUUCACUUAGAGAUGGCUGCCAGUCCACCAAUAAAGAAAAAGAGAUGGCCACAAGUUUAUUCUGUAAACUCGGAGCUCUAGCCAGACGCAGAAUCUCUCUGUUUGGAAAUGAUGCCCUUGCUUUGGUGAGCUGCCUACAAAUCCUGGCACAGUCCCUGGAUGGAAGGAUGUUAAUGAAAACAACUAACGAAUCCGUCAGGCUGUCGCUGUGGUCGUUCUUUGAAGGCGCGGCAGAAGACCUCGAGCUAACGGUAGAUAAUGUGACCUGGGAUGAGUAUGGACUUAACCGAGCCCAAGGCAGGGGAGACAGUGAGGUCAUAACGUACACCACCACCGCCCUGAUCCCAGUGCUUACCACUCUAUUCCUGCACGACGCCCAGAGGCAGCACGGAGGGGGACUGAUCGUGGAUGAAGUGCACUCCUGUUGCUACAGGAUCCUCAGCUGUCUAUACAUUCUUGGCACCUGCAGUGGUACAUUCAUUGAGAGGCAGAGGUCGGUCUUGGGGGAGUGUCUGGCUGCUUUAUCUGCAGCCUUUCCUGUGUGUUUCUUGGAGCUGACUGACCUUCAUUCCCUCUCCGACACUAUGAGUAAUGAAGAGAGUGAAGGUAAAGGCAAGAAAAGUUCAAUAAAACACAAAAAAGCCUGUAGGCUCCUCCCCACUUUGCAGGAGGCUUUCUCAGAGGUUGAAGAGCUCGCAGAGGCAGGACCAGCGGCCCGUCAUGCCCUUUUGACAAAGGUUACUGAGGUGACGCUUCCUCUGCUGUGUAGUUAUGUCUCUUGCUGGGGGGAAGCUGAUAACCAAGCAUCCCAGGAGGGCCACUUUUCUUGUGUCACACCCCAGCAUGCUAAUGCCCUACUGGGUCACAUCCUCUCCAUCAUCCACGCCCAUCUGGGGACCGCAGACAGUGCUUUGAUGAAACGUCUCGCAGUUUUUGGCCAGCCUCUCAUCAGCAAGGCAGAGCCACACCUCCUGAAGAGCCACUUCCUGCCUUUGAUGGAAAAGUUGAGGAAGAGGGCGGAGUCAGUUCUCCUGGAGGAGGAGCAUUUGAAGACAGCGGGGCGUGGCGAUGUCUCAGAGCAGGAGUUAGACAUCCAGGAAAGGUUUACUGUGUUGGUCCAAGAUAUCUACUCAUUUUACCCUUUACUCAUUCCAUUUAUAGACCUCCACAGAAUGAGUUGGCUGCGAGAGGUGGACGCAGAUGCUGAGAAGCUUUUCUCCCUCGUAGCUGAAGUCUUCAUUUUUUGGGCUAAAUCUCAUAAUUUCAAAUGGGAAGAACAGAACUUUGUUGUUCAAAAUGAAAUCAACAACAUGGCAUUCCUGGUGAACAGCAGCAAAAGCAGGAUGUAUAAGGGAGGGGUGUGCAACCAGGAGAGGAGAAAGGUGAAGAGGAAGGGUGAUUGUUACUCCACACACACCUCUCUCAUUUUGGCGGCACCAAAAAAACUCCUCUCGGUUGCCAUGAAUGGAUGUUGCCAUGGCUAUCAGGGCCUGGUCACUCAUGCCAAAAGCCGUUUCUCUCAGAGGGACACAGAGGAUGAGGUCAGAGCGUACAUUCGCAGCAACCUUUCUGUGAAAAUUCUAUUUGAGCCUCCUCACCUGGCUUUUCUUUUUUCUUUUUGCCAGGAUCUGUGUGAAUACUCAGUAGAUCCCCUCAGUGUUGAGAGGAUCUUAAGCAUCGCUCGUGUUCUUUUCCAUCUGGAUCAGGUGGAGCGCCCUCAGAAGACGAAGAGGGCAGUGUGGCAUAGGAUGUUGUCUAAGCAGAGGAAACGGGCUGUAGUUGCUUGUUUGAGAAUGGUUCCUUUGUACAAUCUCCCCAGGCACAGAGCGGUGAACCUUUUCCUGCAGGGUUAUGAGAGAGUCUGGCUGAAGGCAGAGCGUGACUCACCUGAGGACAGACUAAUUGAGGAUUUGGCUAAAGCAACUCAUGUAGAGAUCCUAAAGGAGGGAGCGGAGCAGAGAAACAACAUCGAUCCACUCCGUCAGCUUAUCAAUCUCUUCAGUCAAAGUGCCUUGACUGAGAGGAGUAAGCUUGAGGAUGAUGACCAGUAUAUGUGCUAUGCUGACAUCAUGGCCAAGAGUUGCCAAAGUGAGGAAGACCAGGAUGAAGAUGGCCUGAAGUCAUUUGAGGAAAAAGAGCUGGAAAAGCAGAGGCUGCUAUAUCAGCAGGCCCGACUUCAUGAACGCGGAGCUGCUGAGAUGGUCUUACAGAACCUCAGCGCCAGCACAGGUGAUAUGGGGCCUAUGGUAGCAGCCACAUUAAAGCUGGGCAUUGCAAUCCUGAAUGGAGGAAACACGUCUGUCCAGCAGAAAAUGCUGGAUUACCUGCGACAGAAGAGAGACGUGGGCUUCUUUCACAGUCUGGUCGGCUUAAUGCAGUCUUGCAGCGUGUUGGAUUUGAACGCAUUUGAGAGGCAGAUCAAAGCAGAGAGUUUAGGAGUGGGUGCUGAGGACAAUUCAGGCGAUAGAGUAAUGGCAGAUGAACAGCUGACCUGUGAUCUUUUCCGAUUCCUCCAGCUUCUUUGUGAAGGCCAUAAUACUGACUUCCAGAACUACCUGCGGACUCAAACUGGAAACAACACAACGGUCAACAUCAUCAUCUCCACUGUGGACUAUCUGCUCAGGGUUCAGGAGUCCAUCAGUGAUUUCUACUGGUAUUAUUCAGGGAAGGAUGUGAUUGAUGAGCGUGGUCAGCACAACUUCUCCAAAGCCAUCAGCGUGGCCAAGCAGGUGUUCAACACACUCACUGAAUACAUUCAGGGUCCGUGUACAGGAAACCAGCAGAGUUUGGCCCACAGUCGUCUGUGGGACGCUGUAGUUGGCUUCCUCCAUGUGUUUGCCCAUAUGCAAAUGAAGCUUUCUCAGGAUUCUAGCCAAAUAGAGCUGCUGAAGGCUUUGAUGGACUUACAAAAAGACAUGGUGGUAAUGCUGCUUUCCAUGCUUGAAGGAAAUGUAGUGAAUGGGACCAUUGGCAAACAGAUGGUAGAUAUGCUAGUAGAAUCAUCCAGCAAUGUGGAGAUGAUCCUCAAGUUCUUUGAUAUGUUCCUCAAACUCAAAGACCUCACGUCAUCCGAAUCCUUUCGUGAAUACGACCCAGACAGCAGAGGGCUCAUUACCAAAAAGGACUUCCACCGAGCCAUGGAAGGUUUCAAGCACUACUCUCAAUCAGAGAUCCAGUUCCUGUUAUCCUGUGCAGAGAUGGCGGAAAGCGAGCUUCUGGAUUACCCAGACUUUGUGACACGAUUUCAUGAACCGGCCAAAGAUAUUGGCUUUAACGUGGCUGUUCUUCUGACCAAUCUGUCUGAACACAUGCCAAAUGAUGGCCGCUUGCAGAAUUUCCUAGAGCUGGCGGACAGCGUGCUUAAGUAUUUCCAUCCUCACCUGGGAAGGAUUGAAAUCCUGGGCAGCGGGAAACGGAUCGAAAGGGUCUACUUUGAGAUCAGCGAAUCCAGCCGGACACAGUGGGAGAAACCACAGGUGAAGGAGAGCAAACGGCAGUUCAUCUUUGAUGUUGUGAAUAAGGGCGGAGAGAAGGAAAAGAUGGAGCUAUUUGUCAACUUCUGUGAAGACACCAUCUUUGAAAUGCAGCUUGCUGCACAAAUAUCUGGUUCAGAGAGUGGAGAGGAACUGAAAGCAAAGGAUGACAAGGUGGAGAAGAAUGAAAACCUUGCUGAAGACAACAGGAUAACCAAAGACUUUAGAUGGUUUUCCAUAAGGAACAUCGGAAAACACUUAAAAGGGAUAACCAUCAGGAGUAUCAUCUCAGUGAUGUUCUCUUUCUUCCACAAUGCUCUGUUGUUUAUCACUCGUGCCUUUUUAGGUCUGGUUUGGUUCUUCCUUUAUCUGCUCUACCACAUCUUCUUGAGUGGAUGGAUUAUUGACGUGGCUAAAGAAAUGAAACUGGCUGACCUUUUAGGUGACCUUCGGGAUCCUACCAUGGUUGAGACCAUAGGGUUUGGAGAAGGGGUGGUUAGAGAGAAUAAUACGUGUCAUACACGUGCCUUUUCUUCUCGCGGUGAUCUUAGAGGGAUGAGUCUGGAUCUGUCUGCAGUGUCUAGGGACCCACAGCUUCUCACAGAUAUUUUCGGCUUGUGUUUGAAGAAGGAAGGAGAAAAGUACACACUGUCGAGCAGAGACCAACAUGGCAGUCUGGAUGGAUUUCUAAACACGUCCAAAUAUCAGGUGGACAUCUGUGAGGAGAAUUUUCACGAGGUGCAAGAGGAGGAUUCAGAGACUAAGAAAGCUUUUGAUGAGGACAAACAUAAAGGGGAAAAGAAGCCUAAACGGAGACUUAGAAAGCUCAGCUCUUCAAAACCAGAUGAGACAGAGGUCCAGGAAUCAGCUGUUUGGAAAACUAUCUGCUCUCAUAGCACCAAACUGCUGAACUGUUUUGCAAGAAAUUUCUACAACAUUAGAUUGUUGGCUCUGUUCUUUACUUUUGCCAUCAAUUUUAUUCUUCUGUUCUACAAGGUGAGUAUUGAUUUCCCUGCUAAAACAUCAGAUUGAAUGUUGUUGGUUUCGUCAACCAUUGAUGAGGAUGAAGAUGUGGAGAUCGCUCUUCGUGACGACAGCACCAAGGAUUCACAGGAAGUUUAUUUUGAACUAGAAGAGAAAAGUGGCUACAUGAAAAUGAUUCUUCAUAGUCUGGCUGUCCUGCAUACACUCAUCUCACUCUGUUGUAUCAUCGGCUACUACUGUCUGAAGGUUCCUUUAGUCAUUUUUAAGCGAGAAAAGGAGCUGGCUCGUAAACUGGAGUUCGACGGACUCUAUAUCACAGAGCAACCUUCUGAAGAUGACAUUAAAGGCCAGUGGGACAGAAUGGUCAUCAAUACACCAUCAUACCCAAGUAAUUAUUGGGAUAAAUUUGUGAAAAGGAAGGUGAUGGCGAAAUAUGGAGAGCUGUAUGGAUCGGCACGCAUCAGUGAGCUGCUGGGUUUGGAUAAAGCUGCUCUGGACUUCAGCUCAAAGGCUCAGGAGAGCAAGAGACCCGUGCAAAAGGUUGCCCUGUGAGUAACGACCCUAUUAAACACCAUUGAUGUGAAGCAUCAGAUAUGGAAGCUAGGAGUGGUUUUCACUGACAAUUCCUUCCUUUACCUGGCCUGGUAUAUGUUUGUGUCAGUUCUGGGUCAUUAUAACAAUUUCUUCUUCGCUGCCCACCUGCUAGACAUCGCCAUGGGCUUCAAAACGCUGCGCACCAUUCUGUCAUCUGUUACACAUAAUGGCAAACAGCUGGUUUUGACAGUGGGAUUGUUGGCUGUGGUUGUGUAUCUCUACACCGUGGUUGCCUUUAACUUCUUCCGCAAAUUUUACAACAAAAGCGAAGACGGUGAACCAGUGGAUAUGAAAUGUGAUGAUAUGCUCUCAUGUUACAUGUUUCACAUGUACGUUGGCGUGCGAGCUGGAGGAGGGAUUGGAGAUGAAAUCGAAGACCCGGCCGGUGACGAGUUUGAGUUCUACCGUAUCAUCUUCGACAUCACUUUCUUCUUCUUCGUCAUCGUCAUCCUCCUUGCCAUCAUUCAGGGUCUGAUCAUUGAUUCAUUUGGCGAGUUGAGAGACCAGCAGGAGCAGGUUAAAGAGGACAUGGAGACUAAGUGUUUUAUCUGUGGCAUUGGGAGCGAGUAUUUUGACACGGUGCCCCAUGGCUUCGAGUCGCACACGUUGCAAGAGCACAACCUGGCCAACUAUCUGUUCUUUCUGAUGUAUCUCAUCAAUAAGGAUGUCACAGAACAUACCGGACAGGAAUCAUACGUGUGGAAGAUGUUCCAGGAACGCUGCUGGGAGUUCUUUCCUGUUGGAGACUGUUUCCGGAAACAGUAUGAGGGUCAACUCAGCUGAAGAAUUCCAUGUCUGUAAUGUUUCCUCUGAUAAUUAGAAGCUGGUGUGUGACUCAGUACUGUUUUGAAUGCUUAUUUUUUCAACACCACAUAUUUAUUUUAGUAAUAUAUUGUAUUGUUGAAUUUAAGAAACCAAGUUGAU